AUGACUCCAUAUGGAGAGACUUUUUCUAAGCAUCCUACAGGAAGAGCUAGUGAUGGUCGAUUAAUUCCAGAUUUUAUCGGUAAGAACAAUCUUUUGGUGAUAGACCUUAAAACUCAACUAAGCUAUUUCAAGAAUCUGGAGAAGCAGCUAAGGCAAAAACUAGGAGCUUCAGAAGUUAAGACAUUGUUCUCUACAGCUGUUUACAUGUUCAGCAUUGGAAGUCAUGACUACUCUAUCCUUUUCACUUCAAACUCCGCUAUGCUUAAAUCCCACUCCAGAGAAGAGUAUGUGAAGAUGGUUAUCGGCAACACAACAACUAUGAUCCAAGAAAUAUAUAAGAUUGGGGGAAGGAAAUUUGGACUAUUGAAUUUGGCUGCGAUAGGUUGUGUACCGGCCUUGAGAGCUCUAAAAUUGACCACCACAGGUGGCUCCGGCUGCAUGGAUGAAGUUACGGUGCUUGCAAAACUACACAACAGAAAAAUCCAUAAAGCUUUUGAAGAGCUUGAAGGCCAACUAAAAGGAUUUAAAUAUUCAAUUUUUGAUUCAUACACAGCAACAAAUGAAAGAUUGAAUAACCCUUCAAAAUAUGGUUUCAAAGAGGUGAAAAUGGCAUGUUGUGGCAGUGGUCCAUACAGAGGCUACAUUACUUGUGGCCUCGAAGAUUACGAAUUGUGUGAAGAUGUUAGCCAAUAUCUUCUUUGA